AUGCGUUUUCGUGAAUCUAAAAAGAAGUUGGGUGCUCGCGUUCGCUCUGCGCUCGGUAGACUCAAGUAUCCAAAAUCAAGUAUUGGAUUAUCAAACUUGAUGAACGGCGACAUGACAUUGCUUCGAGCAGUCUCGCCGACGCCAUUGCCGGUGUUAACUCUACCAUCUAUAUCUCACCGGUUAGCUGCGAGCACGUUAUUCGACGGCAUGAUGCGCAAUUCGAUAAUGUUUCUCGAGAUCUUGGGAGGACUAUCCCACUUAUCCCACAUUGGUUUGUACUCUGUGCCAUCUUUCUAUCAUCAGCCUCAAAGCUUGGUCAAAUGCACGGACGUUCAAGCACCCAAUCAAUCACCCGAAGAGGUCUCUGAAAUGGAUAGCUCCACUACACUCAAUAAGGCGCUGGAGCGUGAGGGGCUACUUGACUCUCCUAUUCACCUUUGUUUGGCGUCAAUCAUCAAUUCUCCCGCUGAGCUACAUCUGCCGACACUCUCUACUGCCUCUCCGGUGGUUCAUCCAGGCCUACUACGUUCACAUAAAUCGGGGCCAUUUACACCUGAGUUUGUUAUAAAUCCCGUAGAAGAUACCCCGGAGUGUACAACAUCAAUCACUACUCCUGAAGCGGAUGGCUGCUUUCCAAAGACUGAGCCAUUGGUCCAACAACUACCUUCUCGCUCCAGCUCCCCGAGUUCGGUGUAUUCACAAAAAUCCUACACUGCGCCAUCAACUGAAGAGAUUCCAGUUACUCCAGAGAAUCCUGCUUCCCGAGCGCUGAAAAUGAACGUCUCUCCUGUACGCCAGUUCUUACGUCGACGAGGUCCUAUUCCAACUACCCAACCUUUGUCUUCCAAACUUCUACAAUCAAUCAUGUCACCUAAGAGCAAUAAAUCUGCAUCAAUCGGAAGUACAUGUACAGCCUCAGAGUCGGACGAUGAGCUAAGCAACUACCUCGAACAAUUAUGUCCUGGUGGUGGACCAAUGGAUCAAUACGUCCUUGAAGACGCGGAAUCGGAGCCGGUAUUGUUGCCGACCAGAACUGAGCCUUUGCGGAUUGUGUACCGAACGUUGUCAAGAAGAUCGGCCAACUCUUCAGUGUCUACCUUUAUGACCGACAUAACUGGCUAUCUAUCAAACUCGUCGUUGGAAUGA